AUGAUUGCUGAACAUUCUCAUCAACACUUGGAUCACGAUGAAGAUUGUAAUUCUUGUUCUCGUGUUGGCUGCUGUGUCAGCUUUUGCAGCCGAUCAAAUCAACAAGGAGGCUGAAGUUGAAGAAUUUAUUCAGCAUCUCAUGAAAGGACAAAAUGUAGAGAACGUUGAGCAAUUCAUCGAGAAACUCAUGAAUCAAGAAGAGGAAACAGUCUCUGAACAAGACGAACUGGACGAUCAAGAUAUUGAUUUGAUGCUGGCCCAAAUGCAAGAGGGUGAUGAUGGGGAUGACGAUGACGAUAAUGCAAUGCUUCAAGAGCUGAUUGCUCGAGAACAAGACCCUGAAGUGACAGCACAGUGGGGCAGGCGUAGGCGCAGGCGCAGGUUCAGAUUUCGCAGGGUGUAUCGAGGAGUUAGGCGAUUUGUUAGGCACCCACUGGUCAAGAAGAUCGCGCCUCAUGUAAUCGGAAAAAUCCCUUAUGUUGGAACAGCCUACAAAGUUUACAGGGGUGCCAAGUGCUUGAAGAAACACUUCAAUAUACGUAAAUGGGAGAACUGAGAGCUGCAUAUGAACGCAAUAACAAUUGUUAGAAUGAUAGUUUUAGUGUGGACUCAACUUGUAGAGUAGUUUCAUAUUGUGUUCAUGAUGAUGAUUAUAAAUUGUUAUGGAAGAUUUCAUUAUUUGAGAA